AUGUGGAAAGCUCUAAUAAGAAAAUAUCACAUCAUUGACAUCAUCGUGGAGCCUUCAGGAAUCAAAUGUGUCUGGGAAUUUGGAAAACCAACUCUUUUUACCUAUGACUGACUGAGAAGAUCAAGCACUCUUCACAAAAAAAAUAUUUUUUGGCCAAAUUUCAGAGUAGAUGGCAUUUUAUUUGACAGAGAAAAACAAAUCAUAAAAAUUAUAUGGGAAGAUGCUGCUGCCUUCGAUUUUCCAUCAAAGUACCUCUACCACCUUUCGCACGGGAAGAGCUUUUUCCCACCUCUAGAAAGAUUGCCAUUCCAAGGAGUCUCCCAUUUUGAUGAACAAUUUCUAAAAAAAGGCUCAGGCAGUACCUUUGAUAAACAAAAAAUUGAUACAAUUUUGGUUGAAAUACAAAGAAAAGGAGGCGCAAUUAUCCAAUUUGAAGGCCCUAAAAUUGAAGAAAAGCAAGUGGAAGAAGUCGCUAAAGAAUUAUUUGUGCAGGUUUAUUCUGGUUGUUUUGUUCGUGAUGAGUUUUUCCACAACGAAGGAUGCUUUAUGGAGCAAGUGCCUUCUGUUUUAGCUAUUACACAAGCAAACACUGGAGUAGGUGUAAUAGAUGGCGUUAGAGUGCAUUCGCAGCUAAAAGGCUCAGAAACCUACGAGUACUUAAAAAACACAAAAGUCCCUUAUAGACUGAAAACUGACAAUUUCAUGUUUUACGGCGAGCACCCACAUUUAGGAGAAAACGGAGAAAUUAAUUAUUCUAGGGAGUCAAGAGAAGUAAUGCUCUGUGGAAAUGAGUACUUUGCGCAUAUAGAUAGGCUUGAGCAAGCUAUGGACAUGAGCAGGUUUUGGAUUCCUCUUGAUAUGACACAGCUGCUACUCCUGGAUAACAAAAGAAUGCUUCACCAGGGAGGAGGCUGUAUCUUUGGAGUCCCAUCUUAUGUAUAUUCAGCAAGACUUAACAAUGCAAGGUUUAAAGAAGUUAAGCAAGAUGAAUAUUUAAAGGAUCGCGAUGAAAAAAUAAUAUUGAAUUAA